AUGUCUGUUCUUCUUGAGACGUGCUCGCGGGGGACAGCGUGCAACGGACCUAUGUCUAACGUCUCCAAUAAGCUCGUGGUGGUUACGACGUGGUGUCAGACGGUACGCCCAGUAAAGAGACGGGACUUCAGCGUCAGCGCGAGACUCGGCGAAGCACGUGUAUCUCUCCGGGGAGCUGAAGUCAGGCAGCGAAGUACAUCCAAGGUCUUCAAAAGUGCCGACGAUGCCAUUGCAGAUCUGAAGGACGGCACCAGUAUCCUCAGCGCCGGCUUCGGUCUCUGCGGAGUAGCAGAGACACUGAUCGACGCGAUCCGCAAAAAGGGAACGCGCAAUCUCACGGUGGUGUCGAACAAUGCCGGCGCCGGAGAGUAUGGAUUGGCGAAACUCACCUCGAGAGGCCAGAUUUCGCGCAUGGUGGUGUCGUUCAUCGGGAACAACAAAGCUCUAGGCAAACAGUACCAUGACGGCCAGGUCGCAAUCGAGCUGUGUCCGCAGGGCACCAUUGCCGAACGACUACGUGCCGCUGGGGCGGGGAUCCCGGCCUUCUUCACAGCCACAGGAGCCCGGACGCUCAUUGAGACCGGUGGCAUUCCGAUCCGGCUGGGCGCGAAGGACCCGCACACGGGAAAGCACGAAGUGAUCGAGCCGGGCCGGGCGCGAGAGACGCGCAUAUUCGACGGCCGAACGUACCUGAUGGAAACGGCGCUCCAUGGCGACGUGGCUAUUGUACGGGCGUGGAAGGUCGACGAGGCGGGCAACUGCAUCUUCCGCACCACCACCAAGACGUACGGCGUACUCAUGCCCAAGGCGGCCAAGCUGGCCAUCGUUGAGGCCGAGCACAUCGUGCCCGUCGGUUCGCUGAACCCGGACCACAUCGACUUGCCGGGCAUCUACAUCGACCGGAUCUGCCCGGCGACGUCGGAGAAGCACAUUGAAAAGCUGGUGCUGGCCUCGUCUACAUCCACAUCCACGCCGACGACCAGUCCUGAGCAGAGCUCAGAUGCGGAAGAGGAGGCGGAAGCUGUGAAGCGCAAUCGCAUCGCCCGGCGCGCGGCCCGCGAGCUCAAGGACGGCUUCUACGUUAACUUGGGCGUGGGGAUCCCGACGCUGGCGCCCUCGUUCCUGCCGCCCUCCACCAAGGUCUGGCUGCAGUCGGAGAACGGGAUUAUCGGGAUGGGCCCGUAUCCGGCGUCCCGCGAUGCCGCCGACCCGGACACAGUCAACGCCGGCAAAGAGGCCGUAACUCUAAUCCCCGGUGCGUCGACCUUUGACUCGGCCGAGUCAUUCGGCAUGAUCCGCGGAGGCCACGUCGACGUCUCCAUCCUGGGCGCCCUGCAGGUCUCGGCGACGGGCGAUCUGGCCAACUACAUCAUCCCGGGCAAGGCGUUCAACGGCAUGGGCGGCGCCAUGGAUCUCGUCAGCAACCCGGACCAAACCAAGAUCAUCGUCUGCACGUACCACACCGACAAGAACGGCCGCAGCAAGAUCGUCGAUCAGUGCGACCUGCCGCUGACGGGCAAGGGCGUGGUGAGCACCAUCAUCACCGAGCUCGCUGUGUUUGAGGUCGACAGGUCCGGUGGGAAGGGCUUGCUUUUGACCGAGACUGCCCGCGGUGUUUCGGUUGAUCUGGUCCGGCAGAAGACCAGUGCGACCUUUACUGUGGCGGAGAAGCUCGGGACCAUGGAGUAG